CUAAAAUUAAUUGCACGCCAUUUGCUACUCGUGAAAUCAUUGGAAUCUGCGGCAGGCCCACAAUAGAUUUGCUUGAAUACAAACAUCGUAACUUACAAGAAAACUACAGGACCAUUACCUUGGUGGAAUCAUCUCUGCAACCCAGGAAAGUCAACGUCUGUAGCAUUUGUAUUGAUUUGUUAUGGCCAUCGAAACUCCUUAGAUGAAGAAUAUUAUGCUCUUCAAUACAAAUUCCUCAAACAGAAAUACGGUGCAAGUCCUAUGAUUUGUUGGGAGAAAACACUACUUCACCUAUUCUCCACAAGCUGAAAAUUUUAUUCUCGCCAAUGCCAACUGUGUUCUUCAAUACAAACUUCUGAAAUAGAUAUAUGGUGAACUCUUAUGAUUUUGUGAGACAAAUUCAUACCUUAUAGAUGUCCCCACACGCUGAAAAUUUUAUUUUGGCUAAUAAGCAUUCUCUAAAUUCACUGAAGAGGCAAUAGAUAGUGAGAAUUUUUCACCCAAUAGAACAGAAGUCAUUGUGUUUAAGAUUUUGAGAUGCUUUUCUUCAGGCCUUUAGAUGAACUAUCAAGAAAAGCUGAGAGAAGAAAACGAGGAUUGAAAGUAAUAAAUUGAUGCAAGGCCCAAAGUGAUUCUUCUUGUAACUGUAAUCCCAUUUGAUUGGAUCCCCUGCAUCUGGUCAAAUCGGGCGAGUCAUGUACUAGUUUUAAGACCAAGGAUUCAAAAUCAAAAUGGCCGGCAAAGCCAUCAUGGACAGUAACAACCUUGGCAAAGUCCUGACGGUAACAAUUGCAAGUUUCUUACAGGACAGAUUGAUAAAUAGAGAACAAAGGAUUCAACAAAAGGAACAAUGUGCAGAGAGAUUAGCAGCAGGUGAACCAGGCAUUGGUGAAGUAGCUUAUUCAGAACAAGCUGUUUUGGCAAAUUUGGAUUGGGGAAUUGAUGCUUUGGAAGAGGCCAUCACUAGUUCCAAUGAGGAAACUAAGGCAGCAAGAUUACAACAUGCAGAGAAGAUGCUGCAGGUGUGUGCUAUGUUGGAUGCAAAGCAGACUACUGCAGGUGUUCCCAAUUUCUAUCUGUGUGCAUGGUCACACCUCAAUCUGGCCUUUCUUUGGAAAUUGAGGAAUGAUGACAGGAACGCUGUUGCCCAAAUUCUAGAGAUGUUUCUUGUAGAUCCCCUGUUUUCAAGAAUUGAUUUCGCACCAGAACUCUGGGAGAGUCUCUUCCUUCCUCACCUUAGAUCUAUUGUUGGAUGGUACACAGAACAGAGGCAAAGAAUUGUUCUAGACUAUUUGCCCGACUCUACUGAUCUCUCCUUUUCCAGAGAUGAUCAUGAAUACGUUUUCAAUGACAAUUUGCUAUCUGGCUUAAGUCCGGAACAAACCCAACGUCUGCAGGAGUUGGAGAAAGUGUAUCAGGAGUCCCUGGAUGAAAACACCAAACUAUAUACACGAUACUAUAAGGAUUGGAUUAAUUUUGAUCCUUCUGUAAGCAAGAAGGGAAACCAGCCCUUAAUUCCCAUUGCCGAGCCUCCCAUGACACCAAGACAUGAGCUUAGUCGAUUGAUUCCUCAGUCUGUCAAAUUUGGACCUGUCCCACCCAAAAGUGCAGGCUUCUCUUCUGUUGUUGGAUUAUCAACUGGCAAAGGAAAAACUCCUACAAGGUAUGGCUCUGCGAAUGGCAAUACUACUAGUACUGAUGACGGAGCUGAAGAUUUAUCAACCAGAAUGUUUAUGGAUGAGGUCAACUGGGAAGAAGAGAGAACAAAUUGUCAUAAUACCGAUAACGCAUACAAUGCUGACAUUGAAAUGGAUUGCAAAAUGGACAUAACUAAGAAAGUACCAGCAGCCUAUCCGGGGACGCGGUCAAACUCCAAACGAGUAUUCUCAAAGAACCAGACGAUUUCAGAAGAUAAACUUGUGUUGGCAAAUGCAUAUUCUCCUGGUAGUGGUAGGCAAAGUUCAAACCAACAGUCGAUGAAAAGAAGGGAUUUUAAGUCCAGGCCUCUCUCUGAACUGCUUGAAGCUGAUACUGUCUCUACUUACUGUACAUCACCAAGAAAUGAUUAUUCAUCCGAGGAUUCAGAGGCUACUUCACCAGAUCCCGAGCACAAUCUAGAGGAUGCAAAUUCAUAUGGGGAUAUACCCGAUGAUGAGGAUGAAGUUCAGAAGGAAAGUGAAUUAAAUGAUGACUAUGAAACACAGGCAGCAGAAUUAGAAGAAAGGAGCUAUUCAAUGCCUAUAUCAUCACCACUGACAGAGAGCGAAGAGGAUAUAAGCCAAAACAGCUUUCAGGUGCAUUCAUCUGGUAAAUCCACUCCUCAAAGGCGGCCUCCAAAGGAUUUUGUGUGUCCUAUAACAGGUCAACUUUUCACAGAUCCAGUCACACUGGAGACAGGUCAAACAUAUGAGCGCCAAGCAAUCCAGGAAUGGCUGGACAGAGGAAACACAACAUGCCCAAUUACCAGGCAGAAUCUUGGAAGCACUGCACUUCCAAAUACAAAUAUUUUGUUAAAAAGGCUUAUCAGUAGCUGGAAAGAACAGAAUCCUGAAUUAGCAAUGGAAUUCCGUUUCUCUGAAACACCAAGAUCUCACAUUUCAAAUCCUAUUGAUUUAUAUUCUUCACGUUUUCUCUCUUCUCCGGAUUUAAAUUCAAGUCCGAAUAGAAAUUCUAACAUUGACAUUGCUGAAGUAAAAACAAGGAGGAGUUUUAUGCGCAGAUCAGCUUCAGUCUCAUCUUCUCCAACUAGUGUUAUCAGUCAAGCUACUUUCGAAAGAACGAUGAGUGAACUAAGCCCAUCAAUUUCACACCUUUGUACUUCUCAAGACUUGCAAGAAUGUCAAGCAGCUGUUCUUAAGAUUUCAAAAGUCUGGCAAGGCUGUAAAGCAAAUCCAAUCAUCCAGUCACAACUCACUAAGCCAGCAAUGAUUAAUAGUUUUUUUGAAAUACUAUCCAAUUCUUUUGAUGCGCAGGCACUAAAAGCGACAGUGUACAUUCUGUCAGAACUUGUAUCUGUAGACAACAUUGUUUCACAAACUCUGAUGAGGGUGGACCCGGACUACGAGUGUCUCGCUAGCAUUAUAAGGAAAGGACUAGCCGAGGCUGCUGUUCUUUUGUAUCAAUUGAAACCAUCAUCCUCACAACUUUCAUUCCACGACCUUGUUCCAUCACUAGUACAUAUAAUCAUCUCAAAUAUUGAAGAGAGCGAGUUACAGUUUCCAAUGAGCUUUCAAUCCAAGGAAGUUGCUACAGUGAUGCUGGAAAGCAUGCUGAAUGAUGGAGAUGAGAGUUGCAGGUCAUUAAAUGCCCAAACUGUUAUUUCUAUGAAUGCGCUUCCUGCCCUCGUCGAGAGCUUGGAAUGCAAAAGCCUUCAAGUGAGGUAUUCUGCUGUCUCUAUUCUUCUUUCUUGUAUUCGAGGAGAUGGCAUCUGCAGAAACUUGAUUGCCCAAAGAGCUGAAUUGGCACCGGUGUUAGAGCUUUUUCAUACUGGAAAUGAUGGAGAAAGAAGCGUCAGCAUUGCCUUCAUUUCAGAGCUUGUUCGCUUGAAUAGGCGGACAUUCAACAAUCAAGCUCUGCAGAUUAUAAAAGAUGAAGGCACGUUCAGCACCAUGCAUAUGCUUCUUGUAUACCUUCAGAUGGCAUCUAUGGAACAACGCCUAAUUGUUGCAAGUCUUCUUCUCCAAAUGGAUCUUCUGGCAGAACCGCGCAAGAUGAGCAUGUAUCGUGAAGAAGCUAUAGAAGCACUGGUUGAAGGCCUAAAAGCUAAAGAGUUUCUUAUGUCCCAAAUAGCAGCAGCAGAAACUAUAGUUGCUCUUUCUGGACGACUGUCCUUGUCUGGGAAACCUCUUACUGAGGCUUGGCUACUGAGAACUGCAGGGUUUGACAAGAACUAUGACUCUUUGACAAAAGCUGAGAAACCACUCAAUGAGGAGGAUGAAUCAACCGAAUUUCUUAAGGAGGACGAGGAAGCUGCGAAAGUAUGGGAGAGAAAAGUAGCGUUUGUUCUUGUCAAUUAUGAAUUUGGUGCACUCUUUGAGGCUUUAGGAAAAUGCCUCAGAAAUAACUCUGUAGAGCUGGCAAGACCUUGCCUUGUCGCUGCAACAUGGCUCACCUAUAUGCUGAAGGUCUUACCGGAUACCGGAGUUCAGGGCGUAGCUCGCCGAUGCUUGCUGCAACACUUUGCUAUGGUCUUGCAAUCAUCUAGGAUCUUGGAAGAAAGAAUCCUUGCAAUGCUUGCUUUGUCUACCUUUAUUAAUGAUUCAGAGGCAUUGAAAGACCUAGGCACUUAUGUAAAAGGGAUAUGUAAACCUUUGAGGCAACUGAAGAAAUCAUCCACAGUAGCAGCUGAUAUACUUAGGGCUCUGGUGAACCUGCCAUCUGUGAAUAUUUCCAAGCUUUGCAGUUUUACAGAAUCAGCUCUAGCAGAUUCCAGCUUGAAUGGAGAAAUUCGCUCUCUUGUUCAUUGUGGAGGUCAAAUAAUUAGUGGCCAUUCUGAUGGCACAUUGAAGGUGUGGGAUGGAAGAAAAAGACUGCUACAACUGAUUCAGGAAGCUCGAGAACAUACUAAGUCAAUCACUUGUCUAUCUGUUUCAUCAUCUAGAGAGAAAAUAUACAGUGGGUCCCUGGACAAGUCUGUUAGGGUUUGGGCAAUUGGAGCACAAGAAAUUAAGUGCAUACAGGUUCUUGACAUGAAAGACCCAGUACAAGCCCUUGUUGUGAGUGGCAACGUGGCCUGCUUUAUUGCUCAAGGGACUGGAGUCAAGAUCCAUAACUUGAGUGGAAGCAUAAAGCUGCUCAAUCCUAACAAGAAUGUCAAGUGUCUGGCUAUUGGAAAUGGGAAAGUUUAUUGUGGGUGCACUGAUUAUACCCUUCAAGAGAUGGAUCUAAAGUCUAGUACAACAAACAUCCUUCAUCAAGGAGCAAGAACUUUGCUUGGUCAAAAGCCCAUUUAUGGCCUACAACUCCUUGAUAAUCAUCUCUAUGCUUGUGGUGUGUUCUUGGAUGGUGUUGUUGUCAAGGUGUGGAAUCUUUCUAACAACAAUGUUAUAGGAACAAUAUCCACAACCUUAGAAAUCAGAUGCAUUGCAGUAAGCAAUGAAUUCAUAUUUUUAGGUUCCAAAACCGGUAUUAUUGAAGUAUGGUUGAGAGAGAGAUUGGUUAAAGUGGGAUCAUUGAAUUCAGAUAGAGGAGGAAAUAAUAAUAGAGUGAUUUGCUUGGUUGUGGAUAAGGAGGGUGAUGUUUUGUUUAGUGGAUCUCAAGAUGGCAAGAUCCAGGCAUGGUCACUUACAUGACUUAAAAUGGAGUGGAGUUGUCCAAUCAUUCUUUGACUAGUACAAUCCAUGUGCUUAUUCUACUCUCAAGUCCAACUUUGUUGUAAGUGGAUAACCUACAUGUAUUACCACUUUAGGCCUCUCCUUUUAAAAAACCACCAACCUUGCAAUCUAAUUAAAUGGAUUCUCUUGCUCCACAUUUACCUAUUUUUUUUAUAUACCUUAGACACAAAGUCUCAUAAAUUUCAAGUAUGUUUAAAGUAGACUAAAACAAAUUUUGAUA